AAAGGCGCCGUGAGGGUGAGGCGGUUCCUUCAUCUCCCUCUCACCUCACAUUGUCCUGCAGUUUUUCGUCGAUUAUCUCGCUACUCACCCACACCUCACCUCGCCCUCACAGCCGAGGUUUUGUUGGCCGUCGCUGCUGUGCAGUGUUCUGUCUUCGCGCUUUCAUCUUCCCCCUGCCUCAGUUUCCCUCGAGGAAGCAGGUGGCGUUUUCUGGGCUGAGGCUGCUGGAAAGCGGCUCCUUCCUCACAGCGGGGCCGAGCUCGGCUGCGUGCUGUGAUCAGGAGGGUUUAUGGAGGAUUGCUGAGGGGAGGCACACACAGGAGUCUCUGCAGAAUGGCAACUGCUCAGAAGCAAAGGAAUUCUGUGAGUGCAGUUGUAUUUCCCAAGAAAAUAGCCACAGAGCAGCAAUCCCUGAUGCUGGUGAAGAGGCUCCUGGCAGUGGCAGUGUCUUGCAUCACGUACCUGAGGGGAAUCUUUCCUGAAAGUGCCUAUGGAACCAGAUACAUGGAUGAUGUCUCUGUCAAAAUUCUGCGGGAAGACAAAAGCUGUCCUGGCUCUACCCAGCUGGUGAAAUGGAUGCUAGGAUGCUAUGAUGCCUUGCAGAAGAAAUAUGUCUGUACCCAGCUGGAUGAUCCUCAGACAGUCACAGAGUGUUACCACUUCAAGUUCACGUACACCCACAAUGGGCCGCUCCUGGAUUUUGGCAGCAAGGACAAGAAGGCAGACUCCACCAUCACCUGUGCAGACACCAAGAAGGCCAGCAUCCUCCUCCUCCGCAAGAUCUACAUCCUGAUGCAGAACCUGAGCCCGCUGCCCAACGAUGUCUGCCUCACCAUGAAACUCCUGUACUAUGAUGAGGUUACACCCCCUGAUUACCAACCUCCAGGGUUCAAGGAGGCCAGGGAUGAGGGGCUGAUGUUUAAAAUGGAGCCCAUUUACCUGAAUGUGGGGGAAGUGCCAACGCCUUUUCAUAUGCUGAAAUUGAAAAUUACAACUGAGAAACAACGCAUGGAGAAUGUUGAUAAGAACACCCUAAAGCAGGGAGAGACUGCUGAGCUUCUCCAGGUGUGUGGAGUGAGCACAGAUGAUCCAGAAGAAGAGAGCCAGGACAUGAAAGAGGAUCCUGUCUUGGAUAAUGAAGAUAAGAAUCAUGUAAAUACUUCAGAAGAAAAGAAUUCAACUCAUGAAGAGGAAGCUGGAGGGAUCCAGACUCCCCAACUUGUUUCUAAUUCUCAGGUUGAUCAUUUGACCCAUAAAACGUCUCAGCUGAUUGUGUCAGAGAGCAGGACAAGAAGUGGAAAGAUAUUCCAAAGCUGCAUUGUGCAGCCGGCUGAGCUCCCCUCCAGCCAGGACGUGCUGCCCAAAAGGAGGAAGCUCAGCGAGCCCAAGGAGCAGUUUUAGCUGCCCACCUCCCGCUGGCCCGAGUUCUCUGCUCCCAUUCUCUUGUUCCACGUCACUGUUGGGUUUUAAGGAUCUGUUCUGCUCCAUUAGCAGUCCCCCAGGAGUGUGUUUUAAGGAAGGAAAAUGUCAGG